AGUAAUAGCUACUGUGCUGUGUUAAAUGAAUGUUCCUUUAAGUCUGUCAGAUGAUUGGACAGAUUAAAUACAUUAUUUGCGACCAACUGUGUAUAGCGAUGCCUAUGGAUUUAACAGUUCUUGGAAUAAGUAGUAAAUCUUUUCCAAAUUCCUAACAUGGUAUGCGGUGGCUGCCUGACAGACAAUGGCAUAUAAUGGGUCUGGACUGCCUCGGACCCCACCUGUCACUGGCCAGUACAGCAGCAGUGGCAGCUCGGACAACUCCACAUUCAUUCCUGAUCUGGAUGUGCAUCCAGCGUUUGACACCAGCAGUGGGUGGGAUCUGGAGUUUGUGCCCCAGCAGGAUGAGAAGUACAACUGCUCCAUCUGUCAGUGUGUGCUGCGGGAGCCCAUGCAGACAGAAUGCGGGCACAGGUUCUGUAGAGCUUGCAUACUAAAGUGGCUCAGGGAGUCAGAUAGGAGAUGUCCAGUGGAUAACCAGUAUUUAGAUGAGAACCAGCUAUUUCAAGACAACUUUGCAAAGAGAGAAACCCUUGAUCUGAAAGUCCGUUGUCCCAACCCACUGAAUAGCGCCGACAAAGAACAGCGCUGUGAACAAAUUAUCACUCUGAAUAAGCUGCAGAAGCAUUUUCAGGAUUGUCCUUACACAACAGUUUUGUGUCCAAACUGUUCUAAGGGUAUCUACCAGUGCCAUCUUUCUGAACAUCUGCAGAACGACUGUGAACAGCGGAAGAUCCAGUGCAGUUUGUGUCACCAGGAAGUGGUUGCCAAUAAACAGAAGGAACAUGAUGAGAACUGCCCGGAGUCGUUCAUGCAGUGUCCCAACUGUGAGCAGUCUCUCAUCAGACACAAGUUAAUACAGCAUCUGAACUCUGAUUGCCCAAAGGCCUACGUGAAGUGUUCCUUUCACAAACAUGGAUGUGAAUUUGAGGGUGAGAGACAGAAGAUGAUGGAGCAUGAUGAGACAAGCGUGGUGCGGCACGUUUCCAUGAUGAACCAGACCCUUCUCAGGAUGUGUGCUGCCAUCAGCUUUAACCCCAUCACCUCCACCACCCACUCCCCCUCGUCCCUGGGAAUCCCAGCCAUAGAGAAUCCUGUCGUGGGAUCAGGGGCCGCCAGCUUCCCCUCAUAUUUCAUUAAUGGAGCCAGUGGUAGCGCAGUUCCCGGAUUGACACAGCUGUUGAAUCAUCUUAGUCAGCUCCAAAUCCAACCAGUGACAACCGCCAGUCUACCGCCUAUCUCUUAUACCAGCAUGCCAAUACAAAGUGUGAGCUACGCCGCAAAUAUUGGGGGGCAAGAGACUGUUGCAGCGGCUGAGGGACAUGACAGAAAUAUAACGGGAGACGAGCAAGGGGAUUUGACUAACAGUGAACAAAGAAAUAGUUCUGGAAGGACAAGAUAUGAGGACACGAAAAGUUUUACUUCUAAGCCCUCAGAUGCAAACAAUUUUGAAGUGCCUAUAGACACGAGAUUGACUUCAUCGAAUGAUUAUCAGUUUAUGUCAAUUAAAAGUCAGAACGACUUUCAAAAUGAAAGUUUAGCCAAACAUGAUCAUGAAUUGAUGAUCCUGAAACAUCAAAUGGAAUGUCAGGAGAGGUUAAUAAGAGAAUUGAAGGGCAAGGUGAAAACUUUGGAAAACAAUGUUCAGGAUUUUGAAGGAAGAAAUGGAAACGGAGUGUAUGUUUGGAAAAUUAAAAAUUAUCAGAAACUUCGAAGGGAGGCGGAAAAAGGUGAGACUACUGCAAUUCAUAGCACAUCAUUUUACUCCAGUUUUUAUGGGUACAAAUUGUGUAUAAGAGUAAAUUUAAAUGGAGUUGAUGCUGCCAAAGGAACACACUUGUCACUGUUCAUCCAUUUCAUGCAAGGCGAAUAUGAUGACUUGCUGGAAUGGCCGUUUAGCGGGAAAAUUGUGCUGACUGUGAUUGACCAGAAUCCAAUAUGUGAGAUGAGAAACCAUCUGACAGAAACUCUCCACUCCAAGCCCAAUCUCGCCGCCUUCCAGAGGCCAACAAGUUUUAGAAACCACAAGGGCUUUGGCUACAUGGAAUUCUUACCUCUUAAUGUUAUUGAAGGAUCUUCCACAUAUAUAAAAAAUGACACAUUGAUUAUUCGUGCCAAUAUUACUCCUAAUUCCUAGGACGCCUGCUUUGUAAACUGUUAUCAUUAAUGCAUAUUGUUGUAAUUGGACUUUUUCGUUUAUGCCAUCCCAAUCAACUGUGUUAUAGAAGAAUUCCAUUUUGCUUGGGUAUUGUUAAAAGAAUAUGUGGGAAUGUUAAGAGUGCAAAAACUUAUCCAGGCACUGCAAAAAAAGACUAUGUUUAUGCAGUAUUUGGGUGAAAUGAAAAAGAUGGCCCUUUUGAAGACAAUAUUUACCCAAAUAUUGCUUUCCUGAUAAAAUGGUGAUAAAGUGUUUAAUGUACCCAUAACUUUGUAACUCUGUUAUACGUAAACUGUGUCAAAUGUCCUAAAUUCAAAUGAAUAUUUAUGUGAUGCUUUGAGUGAAUUACUCUUUUUAAAAUUAAGGCAAUAAAUAUUUUGUAUGACAUGUGUUAAAUGGAAACAAGAAAGAAGUCUUAAACCUUCGAAUAAAAUAAUCAAAAAGCUGAAAAUAAAAUAAUCAAAUAUCUUUAUGAUUUAAACGGGGGAAAAAAGUUUGUCAGAUCCGGUUAGAAUUUAAAUAAUUUUUGCAUUAUUACUCAUUGUCAAAUAAAGGAAGUCUGUCUCUUGAAAGCAUGUCUAUUAUUUCAAUUAGACUUACACUUGCGGUAUAGCUUCUUACCAUUUGAACUUCAGGUUAUUGGUAAUUAGCCAAAAGCUACAUUCGAGGAAUAAAUGCAUAGCUUAUAGAACAAGUCUAGGAAGCAGUACGCAUUAGGCAUAUGGUAACAAUGUAUAAGAAGUGUUCUAGAAGUAUAUUUGUGUUUGAAUAUUUUGCAUCAAGUACUAUUUUUCAUGACCAAAUGUGUACUGUUUUAGUUUAUUCAUUUCAGAAAUUAUCUCUUUGUGUCUGAAAUGAGCUAUACAAUUUUAAACAUCUUUAAAAAGUAAGGCUUGUUUACUAACAGCCACAGACUGCAAGCAAUUAAUAUUCCAAAGCAAUCAAAAUAAUUUGCAUAGUCUUUCUGGAAAUGUGUGUUUAUUUGGAAAGGAAAAUUCUCACACUACUAUAUUUAUUAAUAAAAUACUUCUUUUGAUUUUGUAAACAUGCUUUAUAAAUGCCUUAAUAUUUGAAUUUUAACUAAUGAAUAAUGAUAAACAGAUUACUUUGUUCAUGUGUUAUAUAAGCGACUUCAACUCUCAUAUUUUACCAAUCUCUUUGUAUUAAUUGUAUUGGUUGAUGAGUAACUAAAUGGUAUACUAUUAUCUUUGGUCAAAAAUAUUAAAGCAUCCAACACUUUCAAUAUAGGGAUUAGCUAUACAAAUUAUUUUGUGUUAUAGAAUAUGUCAAAAAGAUUCUGCAUGCAAAUUUUGAACAAAUAAUGAAAAGCUUAGUUACUUAGAAAGCUGUUUAUUCUGAUUCCAAUUAAUGGCAAAAAUUACAUGUAUGCCUUGAAAGUAGAUAUAUUUAAGGUAGUCACAAUUUAGAAAGGGUCAAGGUUAGGGCUGGAUUAAGAUAAAUAAUAAAAGAAGAUCGCGCCGUUCCAUGAUAAAACAUUUUGAAGAUCCUACAAAAAAAUUAUGUUCCGUCUGUUUGUAAUGCAACAAAAGCUGAUAAACAAACAUUUUGAUUAAUGAUCAUGCUUGUGUGCCCCAGUUAUGUAGUUAUACAUUUUUGACACUUAUAUUUAGAGCAAACACUUCCGUUUCCCCUUCUUGAUCCCCCAAUGCUUAUUUUGCUAUCAGUCAACAAUAUUUAAUUGUUAGUGAAGAAUAACCUCUUAAAUGGUCAGCAAGGACUGUCGUCACAUUAUUAUGAUUAAGAUAACUAUUAAAAACAAUAGAAAAUGUUUAUGCUCAUACUGUUCUUUGCUUAAUUAAAGGUACUUAUGCACCGAUUGUGGCAUUUUUUUAAAUUUUGUCACUAAAUGCCCUAAACUGCCAGAUUUAAUCAAUCAACUGUAAAACUCCAUUGUCAUGACAAUAUUAUAAUUUUUUUUAAAAAGGAGGAAAAAGAUGUUCAUAGUGGGAUUCAAACCAGUGUCCUUUGGAGCCAAAGGAAAGGUCCGAAACCAAUAGACCGUCCUUACUGAAACAUUUCUUGAGUCAUAUGAUACAAGGUGCAGAAUCAAGUGACUUUGUGGAGUUCACAAUUAAACGUUUAUUGAUGUAAACACACAGGUAAAUGAUGCUUUUGCAAAUAACUUUCAAAAACAAUUUUUCUUCAGAAUUGCAACUAGUGCAAUUUUUUUUACGUUUAUGGCAAUGUGAAAUACAUCAGAAUUACUUUAUUUAAUAAGCCUGUGUUCAUAUCCAAAAAUUUGAUGUUUACAGCAUUCAUGUACACGGUUUCACGCAAUGUAAAAUGUUGGCACUUAUUUCAGACGUAUUCAAGGAUUUUUUUUUCAAUCUUAAGAUAUCUGUACAAAUUGCAAGAAAAUCUGUCUUUAUGUACUUAAGAUUUUUGCAGAUGUAUUUCAAUAACUAGAGAUGUUUGCAAAAUGAAGUUCUUAACGAUGUGUUUUUAUUCUGUCACUCACAUGUAUAAAACCAGGUGAACCCUGUUGAUCAUGCACCCUGUAUACUUGAUAUCAUAAAUACAUCUGUUGCAGCAACAUGUUAACACGAUAGAUACAUCUCAUGUUAUACAAUUGUUUUAAGAGUGAAUGCUAUGAAAACAUAAUGUCAAAAGAUCAUCGUUCAUAAACGAAGCUGUUUUUCAGUAUAAGUCAUAAGUGGUAUUUCUUUCCCUGAUUGUUUUUCAGUAUAAGUCAUAAGUGGUAUUUCUUUCCCUGAUUGUUUUUCAGAACAAGUCAUAAGUGGUAUUUCUUUCCCUGAUUGUUUUUCGGUAUAAGUCAUAAGUGGUAUUUCUUUCCCUGAUUGUUUUUCAGUAUAAGUCAUAAGUGGUAUUUCUUUCCCGGAUUGUUUUUCAGUACAAGUCAUAAGUGGUAUUUCUUUCCCUGGUUGUUUUUCAGUACAAGUCAUAAGUGGUAUUUCUUUCCCUGAUUGUUUUUCAGUAUAAGUCAUAAGUGGUAUUUCUUUCCCUGAUUGUUUUUCAGUACAAGUCAUAAGUGGUAUUUCUUUCCCUGAUUGUUUUUCAGUACAAGUCAUAAGUGGUAUUUCUUUCCCUGAUUGUUUUUCAGUAUAAGUCAUAAGUGGUAUUUCUUUCCCUGAUUUUUUUCAGUAAAAGUCAUAAGUGGUAUUUCUUUCCCUGAUUGUUUUUCAGUACAAGUCAUAAGUGGUAUUUCUUUCCCUGAUUGUUUUUCAGUAUAAGUCAUAAGUGGUAUUUCUUUCCCUGAUUGUUUUUCAGAAUAAGUCAUAAGUGGUAUUUCUUUCCCUGAUUGUUUUUCAGUAUAAGUCAUAAGUGGUAUUUCUUUCCCUGAUUGUUUUUCAGUAUAAGUCAUAAGUGGUAUUUCUUUCCCUGAUUGUUUUUCAGUACAAGUCAUAAGUGGUAUUUCUUUCCCUGAUUGUUUUUCAGUAUAAGUCAUAAGUGGUAUUUCUUUCCCUGGUUGAUAAUUGUCUUUUAUUCUGAAUCUGCAACAAAAAGUAGUACAAUUGUCAGUCUGUGAACAAGUACCUUUAAUGUUUAAUAGUUGUUAAAGAUUUGUAUUUUGAUAAUGGAAACCAAAUGCAUGUAUGUUUGGUGGUGCAGAUGUUCCAGCACUGUUGCUGUUUAACUACACAUGGAGCGUUCAGCCACAAAAUGUAGUAACUGCUACACACUUCUUGAUGAGAUGAAACAUUUUUGGUGUGCAACCCUUCAUGUGUAUUGUGUUGGGUCUAUUUUGGUGUUGAACCAUUUUACAUGUGUUAGUCACUAUAUAUAUAUAUAUUCAUGUUGUACUGAUAUUUAAUUAUGCAUUGUUCAUUUUGUAUUUAUUUAUUUCAAUAAAUUAUUUUUAUAUUAA